GCUAUCAAAUCACACUAACUGGAGGUCUAGAAGAUUUAGAAAGUCUACGUUCUAGGAUCGACGCGUUGCGCCAGAAUAGCACUCAGGAACGAUAUACGUUGUAAUACGGACAGUUUAGCAAACAAUUGAUUGUGUCGUUUACACGCCAUUAUGGAUUCGCUGGCGAAUUACGCUAGCGACGGCGAGAACAGUAACAAUUCGGACGACGUGAAGAUGCCAGAUCAAGCGCAGGAAGAGGCAAAUAGGAGGGCUAGCGAUGCUAAUUAUGACCCAGUACAAAUGGACAUGAGUGAGGAGAGCAACAACAACAAUUCGUCUAGAGAAUCCAGUAGCGAACACACAAAUAGUCCUUUAACGACGCAAUCUAGCUCGAGAACGGAAUCGUCUCGGGCUUUACCUUCUCCCUCAGACCAGAGGCGAACCGAUCACGAGAACCACACGAGUUCGAAAGACGAUCACAGGCGAGGAGACCGCAGCGAUCGGAGUCGUCAUUCAUCCGAUAAAAAUCGUCGUUAUGAUGAUCGAAAGCAACGUGAUAAUAGUAGUAAUCGCAGAGAUCGAAGUAAGGAUCGGAAAAGUCGAGACGAUGACAGAAGAUCAUCGCGGGAUGAUGACAAGCGCAAAACGUCCCUUGGAUCGUCCAGAGACGAGAAGAAUGACGAUAGAGAGAGGAGUGACAAGGAUCAUCAUAGGGACGACAAGAGGGAUCGUAAUCGUGACAGGGAUAGGCGCAGGGACCGCAACGAUCGGGACCGGGACCGGGAUCGAGAUCGGGAUCGAGAUCGGGAUCGGGAUCGACGACACUCUAGGGAUGAUCGGUCAAAGGAUCGACAUCGGGACGAGCGCUCAAGUUAUCACAAGGAAAAGGAUCGCACGCGGUCGAGAUCGCGAUCGAGAGAUCGCGCGCCGCUGUCGUCGUUUAGGGCAAUGAGCUAUCGAGAGGAAAAAGGUCGGAACAAGCUGGCCCAAUUGGAAAAACUAGGCAUAGAGCUGAAGCCACCGGAAGGUGGUGACUGUAUGCCGAGCGGCGUGCAGAGCGAACAAAAUUAUUACAAUCCGCUAGCGACGGCGACGCAGGGCAAGUACGCGGAGCAAAUCCAGAAGAGGAAGUUGCUGUGGGCAAAGACAAAACAAGACGACGGUAAUAGCACAUCGACUACGGCGUCCACUGCCAAUACAUGGAUGGGAACAACUUUCACGCACGAUCAGGAUGGAAAGGUAUCAGCCAAAUUUAAGCGACUGAUGGGUAUUAAGGGUGAUUUACCUAGCGCACCGACAGUGGGAGCCAAGCCGGAUAUUCUAAAGAAACAGGAAGAGAUGUUCAAUAAUAUGGAGCAGCAAUACGAAGUUGCACGCGCUACUACACACACGCAGCGUGGUGUAGGGCUGGGUUAUGCUACCAGUGGCUAUCAGUUUCCACGAUAAAGUGUACUGAAACCUCAUAUCUUGUUUAAUUACAUUUAGAUAUAGGUAUAUUUAAAUGUUACGUUCAGCAAUUUGAUGAUCUUAUAUUGAGUCUGGUUAUUUUUAAGUCUUUAAGUAAUGAUAGCGAGCUGCAACCGAAUUAGCUUCAAAGUUCACCAUAAAUAAAUGAAAUUAUAUAUUUGCGUGUUAUAAACACUAAAAAUAAAUUUAUUAAGAUUAUCUAGAAA